GAAACGGAAGUCUGGGGCAGGAGAAGCUCUUCGUCUGAUGGAGGAAGCGGGCGGACUAUUGUUUAUGUUUUUUACUGGAAAUCGACAAUAAAACACGCCAAAAUGUGUGCGAUAUAGCGACGAUCAGCGGAAUAAUUCGAAACCGAACAUAUUAUGUAUUUGUUUCAUUAAGUUGUUUUUUUUAUUUCGGUGGAAUUUGAGAAGAUUUUAAAGGGUUUUGUGUGUGUUGUGAAGGUGUAAGGCCAGUUCUAAUCAUAAAGGAUCGAAUCAGAUAAAAAACAGAGGAUCUUCAGUUAAAGCAAACAGUGCCCGGCGGAGGUAAAACCCCAGAUCUGUCCUCUCUCGCUCCAGCAUAUUUGAGUUUUAUUGUUUUAAUCAAGGGUUUUUAGAGCUUUUAAGAGCAUGUACGCACCCCCGGGAACUGCUGCGCCUGGAAACCGAAGGAGGAGAGGUGGAACGGCUUUACCUAAACAACCGGAGCGGAGUUUAGCAUCCGCGCUGCCCGGGGCCCUUUCUAUCACCGCACUCUGCACGGCCCUGGCAGAGCCAGCCUGGCUCCGCGUCCAUGGAGGAACCUGCCCCAGACAGGAGCUCGGCGUCGCAGAUGUCCUGGGAUACAUAGAUGACAAACUGAUUGAGGAUUACUGCAUCAACUCUCAGUCCAUCCUUCUCUUACGGGUCAUUGCUGCUUUCUGUUUCUUGGGCAUUCUGUGCAGCCUCACUGCAUUUCUGUUGGAUGUCUUUGGACCCAAACACCCAGCCCUAAAGAUCACACGCAGAUACGCUUUUGCUCACAUCCUCACAGUGCUCCAGUGCGCUACCGUGAUUGGCUUCUGCUACUGGGCCUCGGAACUGAUUCUGUCCCUGCAGCAGCAGCACAAGAAGUACCACGGCUCGCUCAUCUACGUCACUUUUGCCAUUAGCUUCUACCUGGUUGCCGGUGCGGGCGGAGCCUCCAUUUUAGCCACGGCCGCCAACCUGCUCCGUCACUACCCCACCGAGGAGGAGGAGCAGGCCCUGGAGCUCCUCUCAGAAAUGGAGGAGAGCAGUGAAACAUACCCAGUUGACUACGACAUUGCCAACCAGUUCCAGCCUCCGCCGGCCUACACGCCCUGAUCGCCAUCCACCGUCACCCCACACGUUCUCUGCCCAACGCCACACCUUUGGCCUUCAGAUAAAGCUCACAUUUUUUUUUAGGUGCGCCAUCAAGAAUGAAUAUUUAUUCAGUGUUCCAGACCGCCUAUAUCCAUGCACACGUUUAAGCGAGCGUUUUACUUUUGCAGACAGAGCUUGCGUGCAUGGAACAAAUCAAAGAGAAAAAUUACGGCAUUGCUUUUAGAAUUCCAUACAAAUUCAUCUUGCAGUAGUUUGCAUGUAUCUGGCAAUAAAUACCCACACGGAUUUAGAAAAAUGAGUAUUUUUUGGGCACGCUUUAUUGUUGAUUAAAGACUCGAAGGGUGCAAAGCAUCUUAGCGACAUGCUUGUUGAAGAUGCAUUUACCUGCAGCCUCUGGCAUACUAAACUGUGGGGAAUUAGUCUUUUUUUUUUCCUUUUCCAAAGGUAUCUUUUUCUGUUUCAUCACAGGUUUAUCUUGUUUUACAUUUGAAAUGUUGAGCUGCACUUUCGACCUCCUGUUUUUCCAAUUUGUCACUUUCCUUUUUAUUUUUUUUUUUUAUCAUGCUAUAAAAGAAUCUUUUUAUUUAUAUUGAUUAAUCAUUAGUCUGCAGAUGCUGCCAUGUCCGAACACUUCCCGGAUUCAUCCCAUUGCAUUUUAAAAUAAAUAAAUAAACGUAAUCAGUUAUUGUAAUGUUACUUUAACACGCAUAUAUUCACAAAUACCCAAGACGGAUGGACAAAUUAUUUAUUAUUUAUUACCCAGUUGAAAAUAGAAAGCAGAUUUUUCAUGUACCUGCAAUUUGGAGGCUUUCAGGUUUGCCAACAUCACAUCGUGAGUGCGUUGUAUAUUAAUUGGAUUUGUUUUUUAGUGAAACUGUGUUUGCUGUGUUUUGAUAGUAAUAGUGUGAGCUAUGAACGAGUCUUAACACAUUCGAUCAUGAUUGUAUCCACGAUUCACUUGUCUAGCUUUCGCUCUGGUCUGAUUAUUUUUGAUAAAAAUCACUGCAUGACAUUUGAUACUGCACCCGUGUUGGAUAAAUGGACUGUAAUUGUUCAGACUUAACACACGCUGUUCACUUUUGCAUACAGUUUUGGUUGUUUUUAUAGUAAUCUGGUGGUUUUGUGUUCUAGUUUAUUUCACGUUUCCUUUCUGUGUUUCAUUUGAAAUACGUUUACCGACAUGGAAAAUAAAGAAAAGGAAAAAAAAAAAAAUCCAAAUAA